GGCUGCACGUCGCACAAAAAAAAAAAAAAUAGCAGCGGCAGUCGUUCAGGAAGAGAGUAAAUAGAGAGGGAGAAGAGUUAAGAUGGCUGACUCGCAGGGCUCCGUUCACCUCAGUGGAAAUGCUGCUACUGCGGUACCCUCGCCGCUCACCUCUACCAAAAGCCCGCUCAUUAAGCAGACCGAGGCGAAGGGAGCACCUGACUGCCAUUCUCAGACUUCCCGAAAUUUCACCCAGCCGCCGCCCAAGAAGGUCCGAGUCGAGGAGAGGAGCGUUAAACCCAAGAAACUCAACAGGGAAGGCGGAGUGGGAGGCAACGGUGGCGGCAAAGAGAAACUCCAGCAGCCCACGAAGCAGCAGAGUUAUGGCAGCAGCACGGGUUUGUGGAGCUUAAGCCAGGUUAAAACGAGCAGCAGCAAUCCUCCGGUUCUUCCUACCGGUGGUUUGCAGCCACCGACAAACACACACAAAGUCUUCAAACAGAGCGAUUUCUUCCUCCACAAAGCGCCUUCCUCCUCCAAACCCAGUAAACAGAGUAAAGAUGAGCAGCGAGAGAGGGAGAAGGGGAAAGGAUGCGGAGAAGAGGAAAAGAAACAAAAACUGUUGGUGACCUUCGGCUCCGAGAGUAACAUUAACGCUAGUAACAACAACAACAAUAUCAGCAGGUUUAACAACAUUUCUGCAGUGAAGAGGGAAAAUGGAGAGGUUAUGUUGCCACCCAAAGAGCAUUCCAACAAGGCAAAAGAGAGCUACAGAGAGGAGAGGGAGAAGAAGAAAGUGAUAGACCGAGAGAGAGAAAAGGAGAAGCACAAAGUGAUGAACGAGAUCAAGAGGGAGAAUGGAGAAGUGAAGCAGCCCAUUAAAGAUGAUAAAGAGAAAGCCAAGAUCAACUCAGAGGAGCUACAAAUCAAAAAAGUAAAGAAGAAAAAGAAAAAGAAACACAAAGAGGGGGAGAAGCACAAACGAGUGAAGAUGUGCCACCGCUCCUGUCAAACUAUUUGUGCUGGACUGCUUCUCCUCCCUCCUUCCUCUCCAUCCUCCAGUCUCACACAGGAUGACUCCUUGUCUCAGUUUAAAUCCCCACUGCCUGUUUUCAGCAAAAGCUCAGAGGUCCUGCCCUCCUCUCCUGCUCUCUGCUCCAAAUCCCCUUUUAACUCCUCUCUCCUCAGAUCUCCGUCAUCCUCUGUCAGGACCCCCCAACCUUCCCCAACUAAGCACCAGCUGCAAUGCACCUAUCCUGGCAUGGCAGGUCUGGAGUUUGCUCCAUAUAUCCACAUAGAGAACCAGCCCAAUGGAGGGGCACUGGUGGCCCAUGCCUACACUUCACAGCUCUCCUCUCUUUCCAUGUGCCAGAGGCAGAGAUUUGCCCAGGAGUUUGUCAGCUUGGCUUUCAGCGAGGACUCCUCACAGGCAGCUCAUUAUGUCAUUGGAAUUGUCCACGGAGAAGCCAGCUACCUGCCUGAUUUCUUGGACUACUUCUCAACCAGGUUCCCAUCAGCCCCAGUCAAAAUGGAAAUACUCGGAAAGAAGGACAUAGAAACUACCACUAUGGCUAAUUUCUACUCUCAGGUCAAGAAAACAUACACUCAUGGUACAUACAGAGCCGGAGCAAUGAGACAGAUCAGCCUGGUGGGAGCUGUAGAUGAAGAGGUCGGGGACUAUUUCCCAGAGUUUCUCAGCAUGCUGGAAGAGUCACCCUUCCUGAAGCUGACUCUUCCCUGGGGAGGGUUCUCCAGUCUGAGUCAGAUUAAUCCCACAGAGAGUGACGAUGGCCCCAUAAUGUGGGUCAGACCAGGAGAACAGAUGAUACCUGUAGCUGAUAUACCAAAGUCCCCUUUUAAAAGAAAGCGCUCUACCAAUGAGGUGAAGAACCUGCUGCAGUCUCUGCCCAGGACCAGCGAGCCCAGAGAGAUGCUAUUUGAGGAUCGGACUCGGGCUCACGCCGAUCACAUCGGUCAGGGUUUUGAACGUCGGACCACAGCAGCUGUGGGGGUGCUGAAAGCUGUGUGUUCUCGAGAAGGCUCGGAGCCUUCUCGUGUAAUCAAAGAUGUGGUGUGUUUCCAUGCUGGCGAUUUUCCUUAUGUAGUUCAGAGGCUGCAGUUGGACCUACAUGAACCUCCACUGUCUCAGUGUGUGCAGUGGGUGGAUGAUGCCAAACUAAACCAGCUGCGUCGGGAGGGCAUCCGUUAUGCCCGCAUCCGCCUGUGCCACGAUGACAUCUACUUCAUCCCCCGCAAUGUGGUCCACCAAUUUAAGACUGUGUCUGCUGUCUGCAGCCUGGCAUGGCACAUCCGCUUAAAGCAGUACCACCAAGGAGAGGAAGUGAAGGACGAGGAGGAGGCAAAGCCGGUUGAGUUGAAGGAGAAGGAGACGGACACAGUGGAGGUGGAGGAAAAAGUGGAAGAAGAGGGGAGGAGGGAAAAGAAAGGUGAGAAAGGAGUAAAAGAGAGGAUAAUAAAAGAGGAUGAUGAGGUGGAUGUGGCAGAAAACAGGACAUUGCCAGCAAACAAAAAGGAUGAACAGGAUCGUCAUCUUCAUCCUCAACAUCCACCUCUCUUGUCUCAGCCUGCUGUCUCAUUCAGCUCGAAUGAGAGCAGUGAUACAGACAGGAAGGAGGAAAGAGACAAGGCAAAAGCACAUGGAAGACCCAAACAGCAGGAUUCUUCUCCUGCUAAGCUGAAGACAGAACCUCCAGCUCCUCCUCUUUGCAAAAAUAAAUUUCCUCCACCUCUCCAUCAGUCCCCUCCUGCCUCUCUUCAUUCUCCUCAUCAGGAGGCAAAACCCAAAGCAUCAUCAAAGCCUUACCACCAUCACCAUCAUUUGGACAGCAUAAUGACGUCUUCCAGUACAGUUUACUCUUCCUCCUCUUCUGCCUUGUCACCUCCAGCAGGAUUCGCUGAUACUCCUUUGCGUCUGUCUUCUACCACUUCUUCUGUUCCUGUUCUGUCUACACCUUCUAUGUCAACUUCUGUUACAUCUUCCCUGACUAGCCUUAAGCCUGCAGUGGACUCUCUUAUCUCCCCACUUUCUCCUUCCACUGUCUCUUUGCCUUCCCAGCUGCCUCCCUCCUCUCAGUCAGAUCAGCUGAAGGACAAGGAUUCACUUUGGCUAAAGCCAGAUAUUCAGUCAGACACAAGGACACAGUCAGAGAUUCGAACACCACAGGAGUCACCUGCUGUGAAUGUACAGGCACACACCUUCCAAGCUGACAUACAGACACACAUGCUAGCUGACACACGGACACAAGCACUCCCAGAGAAAUGGAUGCACACUUUGGACUCGGACUCCAGGGUGUCCGUGGAUCCCCAGAUGUGCACGCCACAGGACACCGGGAGGCAAGAAAUUUGCAUGCAGACAUAUACACCCCAGCAUCUCCCAUCUCCUCACCUGCCUCAGAUGCUUCCCCCGUCCUUCUCCCCUCUCAUGCCACACUCCCACCUUUCUCACAGACCUCCAGUCCUCCCUCCAAAUCCACUAUCCAGUUCUUCCCUCUCUGCACAGCCACAAACUCUGAACUCUUUUCUGAGUCAGAACUCAGCACCCCACCCCGUUCCCGUGAGCCAGCUUCAUCUUCAUUCCCCACACCAACCAAAUAUCACCACCCAGUCUCAGCCAUAUUACCAGCCUCCACUAAUCGGUUCACCGUCUCAACUGAACACUCCUCUCACCAGCUCCCAGUCUCUUCCUCCUCACCUUCAACACCAUCACCAGUUUGCCAAAACCUUCUUUCCCCCCCAGCACCCCCACUUCCCCUCUCACCCCUUCCUCUCCCCUCAGCCUUUCCUCUCUCAGCUGCCCAGCUCUUACCCGCUACAACCACAAUACCAAACCUCAGCAAUAGCGCAGGUUCAGCUCCCUUUGUCACAGUCUUUCCCUCAUCCCCCUCCUCCCUCUUCCUCCUCGCAGUCUCCGCCUCCCGCACCUCCUUCUACUCUUCCACCUCCUCUCCCCCCUCAGCCUUCUUUCCUCUCUCCUCCUCCACAGCAUGAGGAAGAGCAGAAGCAGAUUUUAUAGUAGUUUUUGUACAUAAUGAUGCUGUUUUUAAAUGACUGUGUAUGUAUAAGGCUUUUAUGUUGGUUGUGUUGUUGUGAAAACUAUGUAAAAGCAGAACAUGGGGAAGGCAGGGGAGUGUACCGUUAUGAACACAAUAUCAUAGUUUAUAAAGAGUUGUACUUUAUUUACACCAGACCUCUUGACUGGACAGGUAAAGGACUGUACAGAUGCUUUGGAUGUGCUUGGGUUAAGAAUAUUGAGCAGUUAUUGCAUGUGCUGGUAGUUUUGCAUCAAAAUUUGACCUUUUGAAGAAGAGAGUUUUCGGGUUCACAUCUACCAAACUGCUGUCCGAUUCCGUUUUUGAAGAGAGCACAACCCGUUUGAAUAUCAA